AUGGUACCAACAGAGCCGCCUAAUCCAGUUGGCAGUGGAGAUAAUGCUCAGCCGUCGAUAUUAGGAGGACAAGGAGGAGCUCCUCUUCCUUCUCAACCAGCAUUUCCUUCACUUGUCUCUCCGCGUACUCAGUUUGGCAACAACAUGUCCAUGAGUAUGCUCGGGAACGCGCCCAACAUAUCUUCACUCCUCAACAAUCAGUCCUUUGUAAAUGGCAUUCCCGGUUCAGUGAUCUCCAUGGACAACAGUGGAGCCGAGACGGACCCUUUGUCGAAUGUAGGGUUUGGUGGUCUUUCCUCUUUCAACGCGCCGAGUAUGGUGUCUCCGCGCUCGUCAGGUCAACUUCAAGGUCAGCAGCAAUUCGCAAACGUUUCGUCUAACCAGUUGCUGGCGGAGCAACAACGGAACAAGAAAAUGGAGCCUCAGAAUUUUCAACAUGGUCAACAACAACAGCAGCAGCAGCAGCAGUUUUCGACAGUGCGUGGAGGAGGGUUAGGUGGUGUAGGACCUGUCAAGAUGGAGCCUGGUCAGGUUUCAAACGACCAACAACAGGCGCAACAGAAGAUGUUGAGAAACUUAGGGUCAGUGAAGUUGGAACCGCAGCAACUUCAGGCCAUGAGAAACUUGGCACAGGUGAAAAUGGAACCUCAACAUUCAGAGCAGUCGUUGUUUCUCCAACAGCAGCAGAGGCAGCAACAGCAGCAACAACAACAACAACAGCAACAGCAGCAGUUUCUUCAAAUGCCGGGGCAAUCUCCGCAAGCUCAAAUGAACAUAUUUCACCAGCAGAGACUUAUGCAACUUCAACAACAACAACUCCUGAAAUCAAUGCCUCAGCAACGUCCUCAAUUACCGCAGCAGUUUCAACAGCAGAGUUUACCUCUUAGGGCACCUCUGAAACCUGUGUAUGAGCCUGGCAUGGGUGCUCAGCGUCUGACACAGUAUAUGUACCGCCAACAACAUAGACCUGAAGACAAUAACAUCGAGUUCUGGAGAAAAUUUGUAGCUGAGUACUUUGCUCCUAAUGCCAAGAAGAGAUGGUGCGUUUCUAUGUAUGGCAGUGGCCGGCAAACAACUGGCGUCUUCCCUCAGGAUGUGUGGCACUGUGAGAUAUGUAACAGAAAGCCUGGACGUGGAUUUGAGGCAACUGCUGAAGUCCUCCCGAGGCUUUUUAAGAUAAAGUAUGAAAGUGGGACUUUGGAAGAACUUUUAUAUGUCGAUAUGCCAAGGGAGUCUCAGAAUUCAUCUGGUCAAAUUGUCUUGGAGUAUGCAAAAGCAACACAAGAGAGUGUAUUUGAGCAUCUUCGAGUCGUUCGUGAUGGCCAACUUCGAAUAGUUUUCUCUCCAGAUCUUAAGAUAUUCUCUUGGGAGUUUUGUGCUCGGCGGCAUGAAGAGCUUAUUCCACGAAGGCUUUUGAUACCACAGGUUAGUCAACUUGGAUCGGCAGCUCAAAAAUACCAACAAGCCGCUCAAAAUGCAACAACAGAUUCCGCUCUUCCGGAAUUGCAGAACAAUUGCAACAUGUUCGUUGCAUCUGCUAGACAGUUGGCAAAGGCCCUGGAAGUACCACUCGUCAAUGAUUUGGGAUACACAAAGAGAUACGUCCGGUGUUUGCAGAUCUCAGAGGUGGUAAAUAGUAUGAAAGACUUGAUAGAUUAUAGCAGAGAAACAAGAACAGGACCAAUCGAGAGUUUAGCCAAGUUUCCUCGGAGAACAGGACCUUCAUCUGCACUGCCUGGUCCUUCUCCUCAGCAACCGAGUGAACAGUUAAGGCAUUCGCAGCAGCAAGUUGCGCAAAUUGCAAACAACGAUCAGAGUUCGGGGCCAAGUUCAGUAAACUAUGCCUUCAACGCAGCUUCUGCAUCCACCUCCCAAAGCAGCAUCGCAGGGCUCAUCCACCAGAAUUCGAUGAAGCAAAGGCAUCAAAACGCUGCUUACAAUCCUCCAAACAGUCCCUAUGGUCAAAUGCAGUCACCUAGUUCAUCCGGUACCAUGGCGCCAUCAUCCCAGCAACAACAGCAACAACAACAACAACAACAGCAGCAACAACAGCAACAACAACACAACCUGCCAUCGUUUCAGUCUCCAACUUGCUCAUCUAACAACAACAACAAUAACAAUCCCUCUCAAAACGGGAUAACAUCUGUCAAUCACAUGGGUUCCACAAACUCACCAGCGAUUCAACAGGCUGCGGCUGAUGAAGCAAACGAGUCAAGCUCGGUACAGAAGAUACUGAACGAGAUCCUGAUGAACAACCAAGCUCAUAAUAGCUCAUCAGGAGGAGGAAGUAUGGUUGGAGGGCAUGGAUCUUUCGGGAACGAUGGGAAGUCGGGUAACAAUGUAAAUAGCUCUGGUGUUCUGCUGAUGAACGGUCAAGUGAACAACAAUAACAACAGCAACACAAGUAUUGGAGGUCCGGGCGGGUUUGGUGGCGGCGGGAUGGGUCAGUCCAUGGGAGCUAACGGGAUGAGUAUUAACGGUAACAAUGGUCUUAUGAAUGGAAGAGUUGGCAUGAUGGUGAGAGACCCGAACGUGCAACAAGAUCUCGGAAACCAACUCUUAGGAGCAGUCAAUGGUUUCAACAAUUUUCAGUGUGAUUGGAACGGAUGA